AUCACAAUACAUCCACAGCACGAGAGCUCAGCAGGUUAACUGUUUCUGUGGCGCGUGGCGGAAGUAGUCUGAUUACUGUUGAAGAGUCUUCAGUUUAUCUAAGAUUCAGCAGCACUGCAGCUGGAGCAGAUGUUUGUAUAAUAUAAUAUAAUGUGAUGUGUAUGCAGAUGUGACACAGUCUUUCUCAGAGGUGUCGUUCAUUUAAACUCUCGUGCUUCUAUCGGUCCAAACCGGUUUGUUCCCGACUGCUUUAUUCUGAAAAACCACCCACCGGAAGCACUAUGCAUCACUUUGACUGGCUUGACAGUGGUCACACAGGCACAUCAGCAACACAAGCCCGAGGAACACUGACCUGAUUAACUGACCCGAGGACAACAACAGCACCGACACAGCGCGGCCACCGACCGACGCGCGACACCGUGCCGCGUGCUGAACCAGCCAGAGGAAGCUGUGCGUGGGACCUUGGGUGUCAUUAGAGAGAAAUCUUCACCAACCUGUCUGCCCAGUCGCAUAUACAGAGCUGACAGUUGUGCUAUUGACUGCUGCGACUGAGAGAGGAGAGGAGGAAGAAACAGCAAAAGAGAGAGAGAACUGGUCCUUUCUGGAUAUAAGGGGGACUCUGGUCACAGAGAUCAUUGUGCUGCAGAAGCUUCUCAGGGGAAAAGAAGCUAUUGAAAUGUGUGUAAUGGCUGAGCUGUCAUCAGCACAGGUGACCGGGCGUACCUGAGCAUGUGGGCAUUUGCUGUGCAAUGAAAAAAAAGUCUACUUUGUUGCAACUUAACCAAGGAGGAAAGUCGUGACUGAAGCCCUCAAAUCUUUUUGUCUGGAUAUUUUAACUGGAGCUUUUUUUUCUAUUUUGGUGGUGUGCAGGAGAACAAAUGACAAUGUUUGUGGACUGACUGGAUUCAGGACUUACUGAGCUACUGAUUAUAUCACAGAAGGAAGCUGCAAGCAUCUGUGUGCAGGAAUGUGGAUUCCCAUAUGGAAGGAGCCCAUACAGUCAUUUUCUCGCUCUGUAGUGUUUGAGCAGCUGAGCCUGUGCAGGCCCAGGAGGCGGCCAUGUUGGAUCUCUCCUUGAGAGUGCUGGUGUUGACCCGUCUUCACCCAUCACCUCACAGCACCUUGCUGCCAACCUAACUCCUCGCUCCCUUUCUUUUCCUGCAUCGCUUCAUUCCACCGCCUGGCCAGGAGGAAGUCCUUGGUCCUUGUGGAAAAUGUCCUAUGCACGCCACAAGCUGCUUACCUGGAGCUUACCUCAACUCCUGCUGCUGACCUACCUCUGGCUGCUGACUCCUCCCACAGGUGUGUCAGCAAAUCUGUGCCGGGUGACUGGCGGGGUGCUGGGGAUCCAUUGGAGCAGCAUCAUCAGUCUAGGUUGGCGCCCUCUUGCAGACGGGACAGGCGGGGCGACAUGUUGGGAGUUCUGCUGCUUGAAGCCGAACUGCAUCGCUGUUUGGAGUCUUGGUGGGCAAUGUGUGCUUCUCAGCUGUAACCGGAAUAGGGGCUGCCCAAUCACCAUCCUGCCACAGCCCCAUCAGGAGUCCCUCGGCCUCCUUCAGCUGCUCUCAAAGGGUCCGGUCUUAACAAGACGUAGAAGAGCUCAUCGUGGUCAGCAAGCAGGAAGCCACACACCACACACAGGACUACUUACCAGCACGGAAAGUCCAAAACUGGAAACCUUCCACCCAACUCAGACAGUACCCAGCACCAUCACACUUCUUCACACAGCCCAGAAGGACCAUAGCCAGUUAGCCAAUGGGAGUGCAGAUAGCGCUCCACCACCAUCAAAGCAGAACUCAACGGUGGAUGACAUCGAUGAUACUGCCGCGUCUUCCAAUAGCAGUGAUGUCAGCACAGCCACAGCCACACCCACAGCCACUGCUGUUACCACAACCCCAACACAGGCUGUGAGGGAGCUGGUGGUGUCAGCAGGAGAGAGUGUGGAGGUCACACUGCCCCGCAACGAGGUCGAACUCAACGCCUUCGUGGUCCCAACACCCCCGACAGGGAUAAACUAUGCAUUUGACUGGCGUCUAAUAACUCACCCCAAAGAUUACAGCGGGGAGAUGGAAGGGAAGCACAGCAAGACGCUUAAACUCAGCAAGCUGACUGUGGGCCUGUAUGAGUUUGAGGUGGCAGUGGACGGGGAAGGGGCCCAUGGUGAAGGUUACGUCAACGUCACAGUCAAACCAGAGCCACGGGUAAACAAGCCUCCUGUUGCCGUGGUUUCCCCAAAGUUCCAGGAGAUCUCCUUGCCAACCAGCUCCACGGUCAUUGAUGGCAGCCAGAGCACUGAUGAUGACAAAGUGGUGGCGUGGCUCUGGGAGGAGGUUAAAGGGCCACUGAGGGAGGAGAAGGUCUCUGCUGACACCCAAGUCCUCACCCUCAAAAACCUGGUCCCUGGGAACUACACAUUCAGUUUGACAGUGACAGACUCAGACGGAGCUACAAACUCAACACAAGCCACCCUCUCUGUCAACAAAGCCAAGGACUACCGGCCUGUGGCGAAUGCUGGACCUAUCAAGGUCAUCCAGUUGCCACGCAACUCCAUCACUCUGUACGGCAAUGAAAGCACAGACGACCAUGAUUCCCUGUCCUAUGAGUGGUCGCUCAGCCCCGAGAGUAAAGACAAGGUGGUAGAGAUGCAGGGCGUACGGACACCGAUCUUGCAGCUGUCUGCUAUGCAGGAGGGAGAUUACACCUUCCAGCUGACCGUGACAGACUCAUCUGGACAGCAGGACACUGCCCAGGUCACCGUCAUUGUGCGGCCAGAAAACAAUAAGCCACCAGCAGCAGAUGCAGGACCGGAGAAAGAGCUCACCCUGCCAGUUGAUCGAACCACGCUCGAUGGGAGUAAGAGCAGUGAUGACCAGAAGAUAGCCACCUACCACUGGAAACAGACCAAGGGUCCUGAAGGUGUGAAGAUUGAGAACGCAGACAGUGCUGUUGCCACGGUGACAGGUCUUGAGGUUGGCACGUAUGAGUUCACCCUGACAGUAACUGAUGAGAGGAAGCUGCAGAGUAGCGACACUGUCACGGUCAUCGUCAGAGAAGAACUGGACCAGCCUCCGGUAGCUCACGUUGUGUCAAGUUCACCCAUCGCUCUGCCUAUCAGGACCGCCACCCUAGACGGAUCUCACUCCACUGAUGACAAAGGAGGAGUCACCUACCUGUGGACCAGAGAUGAUGGCAGCCCUGCUGCUGGGGAUGUACUGAACAACUCUGACCACCAGGCCAUGCUCUUUCUGGGGAACCUGGUGGAGGGGAAGUACAGCUUCACCCUCACUGUAACUGACAGUAAGGGACAGACCAGCACCAACAGGGGCACAGUGGAAGUCAAACCUGACAUGUGGGAGCGUGACCUGGUGGAGUUGGUGCUGGAGGUUUCUGUAUCCCAGGUCUCCCACCGUCAGCGCGACAUGCUGCUGCGCCAGGUUGGAGUUUUACUGGGCGUGCUCGACAGUGACAUCAUCGUGCGAGAGAUCAGUGCAUUUAAUGAGCACAGUACUCGUUUGGUCUUCCUGGUGUCAGGCGGUCCAGGGCGCCCUCCUCUGUCUGGCCGCAGCGUUGCACUUGGCCUACGAAACAAACUGCGCAAACAGAAGAAUGACUUUCUCAUCUUUAAGGCCCGGCGGGUGGACACAGUCAUCUGUCAGCUGAACUGCUCGAGUCACGGCGAGUGUGACUCUUUCACACGGCGCUGUGUCUGCCACCCUUUCUGGAUGGAGAAUUUCAUCCGAGCUCAGCUUGGAGAUGCAGAGAGCAACUGUGAGUGGAGCGUACUCUAUGUGACUAUAGCAUCCUUUAUGAUUGUGGUUGCUAUAGCAACAGUUGUCUGGGGGAUGGUGUGUUGUUGCAACAGGCGUAAGAGCAAAGUGCGCAGAAGUAAAAGCAGAUAUAAAAUACUAGAAGCUGAUGAGCAAGACAGUCUGGAGUUACAACCACCCCGAGCUGCCCGCUUGAAGCCGGUGCCUGCUCCCACCUCCUCUGCCUUGAUGCACUCAGACUCUGACCUGGACAGUGAUGAUGGGCAGGGUGGGGUCCCGUGGACGGAGCAGGAGCGUGGGCACCUCCUGCGGCCCCAGAACGGCUCCCUGAGGAACGGCCAGGGGCCGGCUAGGGGCAAAAAGCAAAGAGAAGAACUGCUAUAGCAAGGGAGGAGGGGGAAGCAUACUGCUGCCCUCACACACACACACACACACACACACACACACACACACACACACACACACACACACACUCCUCCAGCUGUCACACCCCUCUGUUCCUUACUCUUCCUGUUGUUCUUUCAACACAAAAACCUCACACCUCUCAUUCAUGAAGACAGACUGUGUGAUACCUGAUUUAAGGAAAAGUAAGAGAGGAAAAACAUGCUGGAAAUGUUGUCCCACUGUCACCCAAAAAACACUACUGUACUGAAAUUUCCCUGCUCCCACACUGAGCCAGUAUGGAGGAAAAAAACCUACAAUUUCACUGCGAACUAGGGGUGAGCACUGUGUUUUGAAUGGUAUAAAAAUAUAACGUAGAGCCCUGUUACUUAACACAGACACAUGAAGAAUGUACUGUCACCCCUCUGACUGAUGGCAUAUGUUGGUGAGAGACACUAAGAGAGGAAGUAGCCUGAGUGACACUUGACUUUCUGGAUUUAAAAAAAAAAAAAACUCAAUGACACGAAAACCAGCCACUUGACACGCUCACACCUUGCCUCGUGUAGACUCGCAUGUGCACACACAAACACAUCGUAUUCACACUGUUUCAGGUCAGCCUGAUGCUACCAAACACUGCCAUGUUACAAACCAAUGGUUCACUCUGAUGCUCUGAUGAUUUUUGUUAGUGGUCGACAUGGUGGCUCGUUGGAAGGAAAAAUUAAACCAAAACGAAGCUACCAACAGCAAUGGACAUUCGUCCAAAAAAACAAUGCAUGAAGAGUGACAGAUUGUAGUUCCAGUACACUUUGAUACUGGAAUGAUCGCCUGCAUGUUUGUAUGUUGGGUGUAUGUGUGAAUCUUUCUGGCUUCAGAGCCAAAACAUGUUUCUUCAAAGCAGUUUGUAUGUUUUUAAGUCUGUUAUUAACCCAUGGAAGAGAGAAUGAACACAGUGCUUUUAUUCUGAAGGCUUCUCUGAGGAUUAAGUGGCUGGAACACACACUGGAAAACACAACACUAAUGAGUUUGGUCUCGAUGGAGACUAUAAUGAGAUGUUAAUGUUCACAAAACAGCAAAUGGGAUGGACUUGACACUGCUUCCUCACUCCCCUCAGAGUUCAUUAAUGUGACAACUGCUUGAACCAUGAAGACCACUUCCACUCAGUUUCUUUGUAUGUUUGUUUUUUUUACAAACAACCUUUAGGCUGUGAUUAGAUGUCAAUGCACUUUGAUUUCAUGUCUGUCUGCUUCAGUCUCUUUUGUUUGUUUUUGGUUGAAGUGAGAUCUGUGGUGGUUAAAGUUGGAAAGUUCAGCCAUAAACACAGGACAUAAGCACUGCACUCAAAAUGUAUAAAAUAUUCAUAUCCUUGAGGAUAUUUUUUUUAAAUGUGAAUGCAGCCCAAGUGCAGAAGCUCCUCUGUAAUUGUUACAUACUGUACCUGUGGGCUUGAAUGAAACAAGGUGUAAGCUUAAUGUAUGGCAAAGUUUGACUUUAAAAUUACAAAAUUACACAAAGCCAGAGUGAACUCUGAGUCACAUGAUCGGGAUAUAAGUUACAUUUAAAUUUUAAACACUUAACUUCUAUUACGGAUAAAAGUAAGUGUGCCCAGAAUGACAUGAAACUGUAGUAAAUCCUGAAAAGAAAUGAUUUCUUAAAUAAUUUGUUCAAUCUGAAGAAUGUUUGCCAUAAAUACACAAGGAACAGGACACAAAGGGAGGCUCUAAGAACACAGAGAGAAAGGAAGUUUUUAUUUCUUCUAUGUCUGUGAUGGGUUUUGUAGGCUGGUCAGCACAGAGGGAAAACUUUGACCAAAUGACUCUUCCCUGCAACAACUGUGUGUGAUUGCUUUGCAUGUGAAACUAGCCUGUCCGUCUCUUUUUCUUUGGUUGUUGAAUGUUAAAAGGGUACACUAUUGAGACAGUCAAUCAUUAAAUCAUUAAAAAAAAAAAAAAUUAAAAUCAGAGAUAUUUCUUACUGUCAUGAGGUCAUCUCAUGCUGAUGUCAGUUGUGUGGCUCUCGUUUGGUUUUAAAGCACCCAGUGCAGGGCCAGGGUGCAGAGCUUUGUUUUUAUGUUUCAUUUAGAUUUGCUGAAUUUAUCUUCACCCUUUGCCAACUGGUGUGAGGCAAACUAAAUACAAGUGCACCCAAGUGCCAACUCUGUAAAAUGUCAUCUUUGAAAUAAUGUCCUCUUCCUCACAUGUUUUUUUGCACAUCGUAGGAAAUGGAUUUUGGAGAUUUUGGAGAGAUUGCCAAGAUGUGAUGUUAAUUCACUUUCAUUUCUUGUUCAUCCAAAACCUGUUUUAAGGACAAUACAAGAUUCAGCAUUUCUUCUGUUAUAUGUACAACAUUCACCAGUCACUUUUGGGAAUUCUAGAAGUCAGUGAAUUGACCUUGACUCUGAUGGAGUCCACUGUGAAGGUAGACAGGGAAUGGGGAGCACCUGUUAAUGAAGGGAGUUUAAUUUAAGGUGUUUUUAGAUGAGGUUCUAGUGAAGGAUUACCCCCUUCUGUCCUUCUGUGUGACCAGACCUGAUGCAACUGGAUAAUCUGUAAAUUCAAAUAAAAUGUUUCAGUUUGUUCUUGA